ACACUUUACAUAUCUCUAUUGUGACAGCUUUCAAAAAUAGUCUCUUCUCUUUCAAACUCUCUGUGUUCUAAUCUAAAAAAACAAAACCGCCGCCAUGUAUGAACAUUAAAGCUCUUCUUCCCAUUUUUUUCUCUUCUUCAAGAAAAAAAAAAAACUUUCUUCUUUAGGGAACACAACAAUUCCCAAAAACAAGUGUAGAAUUUUUCCUAGCUUUGGGAAUCGUUUAUUGAUUUUUGGUGUAAACUGUGAAGAGGCUGAAAGGGGAGAAAACAUAUGUAAAAAUCUGAAGUUUUCUAAGCUAAUAUGGCAGAGAUUGAAAAAUCAGCUGAAGAAUCAAGUAUACAGCAAAAUUUUCCAGUAAAGAGGAAAAGGAAUCUUCCUGGAAAUCCUGAUCCAGAAGCAGAAGUGAUAGCUCUAUCGCCGAGAACUCUAAUGGCGACGAACCGAUUUGUUUGUGAGAUUUGUAACAAAGGUUUUCAAAGAGAUCAGAAUUUACAGCUUCAUCGGAGAGGACACAACUUGCCAUGGAAACUGCGGCAACGAACGAGUAAUGAAGUGAAAAAACGUGUUUACGUUUGUCCAGAAUCGACAUGCGUUCAUCAUGAUCCUUCUAGAGCUUUAGGCGAUCUCACUGGAAUUAAGAAGCAUUUCUGCAGAAAACAUGGUGAGAAGAAGUUUAAAUGUGAACGUUGCACCAAAAAAUACGCUGUUCAUUCCGAUUGGAAAGCACAUAUGAAAACUUGUGGUACUAGAGAGUAUCGUUGUGAUUGUGGAACUUUAUUUUCCAGGAGGGAUAGCUUCAUAACUCAUAGAGCAUUUUGUGAUGCAUUAGCUCAAGAAAGUGCAAGAUCUCAUCAACCAUUAAUGGAGGAUACAAAUGCUGAAGGUGAUUUGAAGGUUGAUGAAUCUAUUAACAAAACGGUGUCGUCUUCAUCUAGUCCACCACCACAACCUUUAACUCCAUCAACUGGUGUUCUUUCUCCAGUUCUUUCCAUUCAAAGUUCAGAAUUGCCUGUAGAAUAUCAAAAUCAAGGUGGAGUACAAAUACAACAAGCACAAGGUACAACAACACCUGUUUCUACCACCCCUGCCAUCACAAUUUCCACUGCUGCUGCUAAUGGUCCUAGUAGUAGCAAGGUGUUUGCUAGUGUGUUCCCAUCGUCGUCAUCAGCUCAGCAUGUAAACUCGUCUUACUCGGAUAUUCUACGUGCUAUUGAGACCGAGCAAGUGAUGGCUGUAGAGCCCAUAUCGCUCUCAUUGUCAUCUUCUCUUUACUUGUCUAAUAAUGGGCCAAGUUUAUUCCAAGAACACACUGGUGGCCACGGCCAUGGCCAGCAUUAUGGUUCAGCAACAAUGCAGCCAGCAUUAUCUGCAACUGCAUUACUUCAAAAAGCAGCCCAAAUGGGGUCAACAACUUCAAACAACUCGUUUCUCCGUGGCCUUGGAUUGGGAAUGUCACCGAGUACUUCUACACCGGAGGAGAAUUCACUAGCAAGGAGGACUAAUGCUCUUGGCCAUGUGAAGCUAGAGAGCAAUAUUAAUGCAGAGGUACCCGGGCUCGGGAUACAACUUCAUGGUCAUUCAGGAUUUACUGACUUGAUGAUGGGUCCAUCCAUAUCUCAUCAGACAUCUAUGAUGUUCGGAAGCAAACCUCCGACUCUUGAUUUUCUUGGUUUAGGAAAUGGUGCUAGUGGAACUCCAUCGAGCGGAUUUUCAGCGUUUUUAAGCUCAAUGGAAGAUGGAUUUGGUGUUGUAGCUGAGCCUUGGGAUGACCCUUCUGAUAGAAAACCUGCUAUGCUCUAGCUAGAGUUUAGUUGCAUUAAUGCAACGCCUGUACAAGGGCUUGCUCGCGCGCUCAUCACCACCUACCUGCAUUUCACAUCUCGACACAGUGGAACGUGUAACCCGCCUGGCAGUGAAGCUCUCUAUUCACAUCCCCCUCAAAGUUUUUGAAUUGGAGUUCAGUUUUUUGUUUGAUAUUUUAUACAUAUGCAAUAGUUGAUAGGGAUAGCUAAGUUAUGUUCAUAAUCUUGAUAUUGCACCCUUUUGGUCUCUCGACCAAACUUCAUUAUGAGAUUUUAGUUUAAUUAAGAGAGUAUAGUAGAUGGAUCUAGUACUAUUAGCUGGGUUUUUAAUUAUUUUGUUGUAAUUAUUAUGUGAGAGAAUAACUAAGUUCACAAUGUGGAUAUUUCUCACUUGGGAAAAUUCCUUUAAUUUUCCACCUAA